UGUUGUUACACGGACAUAUUUGACAGUUGGACCAGCGAACAGCAAGCAGCGAUGGCUAAAAGUGAUGGAAGUGAUUAUUUUAAAAGAACCAGCCUUUUUUGGAUCGUCUCCGUACUGUUCGGUGUGGGGUAUUUCACUUGCAUUGUGUUUGCGCCUGAAAAAAUACCAUACCAUCUCCUCGGCCAGUUUGGGACCUUCUGCAAAUACCUUGUGAACAACCAUGCUAGCAUUAUGUACAAAGGGUGGUGGGCUACAGUGGCUAUCCAUGUUGUUGAAGCCCUGGUCGCCUUAAAACUCUGCAGCAAUAAAGGCAUCAACAUGUCCACCAGCUGCUUCUGGUUCUUGCAGACCUUCGUGUUUGGUUUCGCCUCUCUCGGCCUACUGAUCAAAUACAACCCUGAACGGCCCAAACUGCGCUGAAGACAACAUGGAGAGCGACCAUAGAAGAAUGCUUUUCAAAUAGUGCUUUUUAUUAGUGAAGUGGGAUGCUGUGGUGACUUACUGUAGAUUUUCUCUUUACAUAGUUCCAUGCAGGAGGUAGACUAUCCAUAUGUUUAAAGAAUUAGUAAUUAAAGAAGGUAUUCAGGGAGAUCAAGAUUAUUAUCAAUGAUUAACAUUAUGCUGAAAAUGUUCUUUGUACUUCAAUGACAUGUUUUCAUACUUGCAUAAUAUUUCCAUGCUGUUUGGAUGGAAGGAUGAAAGAGUCAUAAUCAUCCAGUUGUUGUGUUUUAAAACUAACACUCAAAAAUAAAACUUACAGCAAAACAA